CUAUCCAUCCCGCACCCACUUCUCUUCCCUACAUUUUCGAUUAUCCCAUAUUCCCAUAUUCCCAAUAUCCCAUAUUCCCAUAUUCCCAAUAUCCCAUAUUCCCAAUAUCCCAUAUUCCCAUAUUCCCAAUAUCCCAUAUUCCCAAUACCCCAUUUCCCAGCUUCCCAUUAUCACUUUUUCCCUUUGUCUCUUUUUUUUGAUUGUGUCCUCCCUCGAUUCCUCGGCACACCUGGCUGCCCUCUCCGCCGCCCCCUCCUCCAUAGCUGCAAGCGUGCAGCCACCGCGGACCGUGGACCUGCGCACGGGUGCAAGGGUGCACGGGUGCGCGUCCGCCAAUGAACUGGGCGCCUUUCAAAUCCUACGCAGUCUUUUUUCUCGCUCUGAAAACACGCUCCACGCCUGCUGCUUCCACUCCCCACAAGACCCAUGUUCUCCUACAGAAACUUGGCCAGAGCUUCGCGGCUGUCGGCAAACAGACUCUUUUCCAUGGCGCCGCGCUUGAGAGCUGGCGCCGCCCCGGACCCGGUCAAGCCUUACAUCAAUGCCAUGGGCAACAUGCCCUCCAGAGUCUCGGAGGAAGGCACCACCCUAAGCAAAACCACGUUCACAGAGGUCUUGGACGAGGUCGACAUGACGUGGGGCAGGGACGACGACCCCAAGCACGUGGACAAGCAGAACACGAAAAUCCGGCACUUCACGAUCAACUUCGGGCCGCAGCACCCGGCCGCACACGGAGUGUUGCGGUUGAUUUUGGAGUUGCACGGCGAGGAGAUCGUGCGGUCCGACCCGCACGUGGGCUUGCUCCACCGGGGCACGGAGAAGUUGAUCGAGUCCAAGACGUACAUGCAGGCGUUGCCAUACUUCGACAGAUUGGACUACGUCUCCAUGAUGACCAACGAGUUGGUGUUUGCCUUGGCCGUGGAGAAGUUGUUGAACGUCGAGGUGCCCUUGAGAGGCAAGUACAUCCGUACCUUGUUCGGCGAGAUCACGCGUGUGUUGAACCACUGCAUGUCCGUGUUGUCGCACAUCAUGGAUGUCGGUGGCUUGACCCCGUUCUUGUGGGGCUUUGAGGAGAGAGAGAAGUUGAUGGAGUUCUACGAGAGAGUUUCCGGGGCCAGAUUGCACUCGGCCUACGUCAGACCCGGCGGUGUGUCGCAGGACUUGCCCGCAGGCUUGUUGGAUGACAUCUACAUGUGGGCCACGCAGUUCGGCGACAGAAUCGACGAGGUCGAGGAGUUGUGUACCGACAACCGUAUCUGGAAGGCCAGAACCCAGGACGUUGGAGUCGUCACUGCCGACGACGCCUUGAACUACGCCUUGUCGGGUGUCAUGCUCAGAGGUUCCGGUGUGCCCUACGACAUUAGAAGAGCCCAGCCAUACGACGCCUACCACUUGGUCGACUUUGACGUGGCCGUGGGCUACAACGGUGACUGUUACGACCGUUACUUGUGCAGAGUGGCCGAGUUCAGACAAUCCCUUAGAAUCAUCGAGCAGUGUAUCAACGACAUGCCCGAAGGCCCGGUCAAGGUCGAAGACUUCAAGAUCUCACCCCCUCCCAGAUCCUUGAUGAAGGAGGACAUGGAGGCCUUGAUUCAUCACUUCUUGCUCUUCACCAAGGGCUACGCUGUCCCUGCGGGUGAGACCUACACCGCCAUCGAGGCUCCAAAGGGUGAGAUGGCCGUCUACGUGGUUUCCGACGGCUCCGAGAGACCUUACAGAUGUAAGAUCAGAGCCCCUGGUUUUGCCCAUUUGGGUGCUUUCGACCACGUUUCCAGAGGCAACUUGUUGGCCGACGCUGUUGCCAUCAUUGGUACCAUGGACUUGGUGUUUGGUGAGGUCGACCGUUAAGACCCGCUAAGCUGCCACAACUUCUCACCCUUUUGCAUAAUCACACACACGGUGGACUAACGCUUCGGUUCGUUACCUCCCGCUUUGUUCUUGUAUACUUUAUAGAUCAAUACUAGACGAUCUCAAUAGCUUUUGCUUUCCCACGCAUGUUC